GCCGGCCUGGGCGGCGGCGGCGGCGACGGCGGCCCCGGGGAUGCGGAGGCGGCGGCGGCGGCUGGCGGAGACGAUGCUCCGGAGCUGAGGAGACGCGGCACCCCGAGCGCCGGCCGGCCGGCCAGCGCAGCGACACGGGCCGCAUGGCGCAGCCCUCCAGCCCGGGCGGCGAGGGGCCGCAGCUCGGCGCCCCAGGGGCUCGGGACGCGCUGAGCCUGGAGGAGAUCCUGCGCCUCUACAACCAGCCCAUCAACGAGGAGCAGGCGUGGGCCGUGUGCUUCCAGUGCUGCGGCUCCCUGCGCGCCGCCGCCCGCCGCCAGCCCCACCGCCGGGUGCGCUCGGCCGCGCAGAUCCGCGUCUGGAGGGACGGCGCCGUCACCCUGGCGCCCGCCGCCGGCGAAGAGGGAGAGCCGCCCCCCGCCUCCGGUAAAGUGGGAUAUUCACAUUGUACAGAAACAGAGGUUAUUGAGUCCCUGGGAAUUAUUAUUUAUAAAGCACUGGACUAUGGCUUGAAGGAAAAUGAAGAAAGGGAGCUGAGCCCUCCCCUGGAGCAGCUCAUCGACCAAAUGGCCAACACUGUGGAGGCUGAUGGUAACACCGAUGAGGGGUAUGAGGCUGCAGAUGAAGGCCCGGAAGAUGAAGAUGGAGAAAAGAGAAGCAUCUCAGCUAUUCGGUCCUAUCAAGAUGUCAUGAAGAUAUGUGCUGCUCAUCUCCCAGCUGAGUCGGAGGCACCAAAUCAUUAUCAGGCAGUAUGUCGAGCACUGUUUGCAGAAACCAUGGAACUUCAUACAUUUCUGACCAAAAUUAAGAGUGCAAAGGAGAAUCUUAAGAAGAUUCAAGAAAUGGAAAAGACUGAUGAAUCUAGCCCAGAUCUGGAGGACCUGAAAAAUGCAGACUGGGCACGAUUCUGGGUACAGGUGAUGAGGGAUUUGCGAAAUGGGGUAAAACUUAAGAAGGUCCAACAGCGGCAGUACAACCCGUUGCCGAUUGAAUACCAGCUCACCCCUUAUGAGAUGCUCAUGGACGAUAUUCGGUGCAAAAGAUACACCUUGAGAAAAGUAAUGGUAAAUGGUGACAUUCCCCCUCGGUUAAGAAAGAGUGCUCAUGAGAUCAUCCUUGACUUCAUCAGAUCAAGACCCCCUUUAAAUCCAGCCUCAGCCAGAAAAUUGAAACCAACCCCUCCACGACCUCGGAGCCUCCAUGAAAGAAUAUUAGAGGAGAUCAAAGCAGAAAGAAAGCUGCGGCCUGUCUCACCAGAAGAGAUUAGACGGAGCCGACUAGAUGUCACUACCCCAGAAUCUCCAAAGAAUGUUGGGGAAUCAUCUAUGGUGAAUGGAGGCUUAACAUCUCAAACGAAAGAAAAUGGGGUAGGUGCUGCCCUGCAAGGGCCUGCACAGCGGAAGAAGCUUCUCAAAGCCCCGACCCUGGCUGAGCUGGACAGCUCUGACUCUGAGGAGGAAACCCUGCACAAGUCCACCAGCAGCAGCAGUGCGUCUCCCUCCCUCUAUGAGGACCCGGUACUGGAGGCCAUGUGCACAAGGAAGAAGCCUCCAAAAUUCUUGCCCAUCUCAUCAACACCCCAGCCAGAGAGACGGCAGCCACCCCAGAGGCGCCAUUCCAUUGAAAAGGAGACACCUACGAAUGUGAGGCAGUUUCUGCCGCCGUCCAGGCAGAGUUCACGCUCUCUCGUUCCUAGGAUAACCAGUGUAUGGCCCAGGACGCCUUUCAGACCACUUUUCUCUACCAUACAAACAGCUUCUCUGCUGAGCUCUCAUCCUUUUGAAGCAGCCAUGUUUGGGGUAGCAGGGGCUAUGUAUUAUCUGUUUGAGAGAGCUUUUACCAGCAGGUGGAAACCCUCAAAGGAGGAAUUCUGCUACCCAGUGGAGUGCCUCGCUCUCACUGUGGAGGAAGUGAUGCAUAUUCGUCAGGUCCUGGUGAAAGCAGAGCUGGAAAAGUACCAACAGUAUAAGGAUGUCUACACUGCCCUGAAAAAAGGAAAGCUCUGCUUCUGUUGCCGAACCCGGAGGUUUUCCUUCUUCACGUGGUCCUACACCUGUCAGUUCUGUAAGAGGCCCGUGUGCUCACAGUGUUGCAAAAAGAUGCGGCUGCCCUCCAAGCCAUAUUCUACUCUACCUAUCUUCUCGUUGGGACCUUCUGCCUUGCAAAGGGGGGAAAGUUGUACAAGGUCAGAAAAACCCUCCACUAGUCACCAUCGGCCACUUCGAAGUAUCGCCAGGUUUUCCUCAAAAUCGAAGUCGGUGGACAAAUCAGAUGAAGAACUCCAGUUCCCCAAGGAGUUCAUGGAGGAUUGGAGUACAAUGGAGGUCUGUGUAGACUGCAAAAAGUUCAUUUCUGAGAUCAUCAGCUCCAGCCGGCGCAGCCUGGUGUUGGCCAACAAAAGAGCCCGGUUGAAAAGGAAGACACAGUCUUUCUACAUGUCCUCGGCAGGCCCCUCGGAGUACUGCCCCUCCGAGAGGACUAUCAACGAGAUCUGAGCCCUGUGCCUUCCUUUUGCUCUUGUGUCCAGAGGCGCGCGCCUCAGUGCAUCAGUGCUGCAGGACUCUUCCCGGGGUCUGACCGAACAGGCUCCAUCUGCAGCAGGGCAGGCUUGUGCCGCACCUUGUGGCACAGACUCAAGGCUGUGUUCAGAUCGGUCGAUGGUACGAGGCAGGUCAGCCAGUUGCUCAUUUGCACUCAGAAAGCCUAAAACUUGAUUUUGUGUAUGUGAAUAGGGAAGCCAGAAACUUCCUUAGUUCAGUUUCUCAAUGUUCUUCAGAUAAUUUCCUAAGGCAAAGCUUCUUGUGUGUGAAGUCAGUCUGACAGAGUGUUGAUGUUAGCACAGUUCUAAGCAGUAAGUCAUAUUGGCAUUCCACUUGACAGUGUUCCUAUCCAUGUACAUAACGGUCCAAAGCCCUGCCACACACCGGCUCCCUGGGGUGGGCCACGUUGGCUAUUGUCUCACAGCACAAACCUUGAAGGCCUUGCUGAUAAUUCUCCUACUUUGGGGCUCCGGCUGCAUCCAGUGCAGAACAUCCAAGGAAGCCGGACAGAUAGCCGCUUCCCUGAGUUGCCUGGUCUACCCAGGCACCAUGCCUCCCUGUCCCUGGGCUGCUGACAGGGCCCUCAUUCCCUGUUGUGUAUAUAUAUGGUUCUGGUUUUAUAACACACGUUUAAGAAUUAAAAUUUUGUGGACGUUUGAGGAAAAAGGAAGACUAAAAUUUUGUCAAGCAGCUAAAUGUGUUUUGAUAGACUGUGACAGGCUGUGACCGCAGAGGGUGCCACAGAAAAGAACUACAUCUCAUACGGUUUUAGCAACAUUUUCCAUAACUUUCUAGUGUGGCCAUUGUGACUAAAUUAACCACAGUUUGGUACCUGAGACUCAAACUGAAGUUUAUUUUUAUAAAUGAAUUUUAAAAGAAAAAUCCUGGCUGUUUAAAUUGUCAAGAAAAUUAACCUGCUGCCGUGCAUAACUUUGGGAUGCUUUCUGCACUAGUUGUCUUGUAAGUGUUCCCAAGUUUCUGACAAAGGGCAGUUGGCAGGCAGUGUUAGGCACCUGAAAUUCCUCAGUUCCUGUGACACAUGCCAUGGGCUGUCCCUCAUUUCCAUAUGCCUAGAAAUAACCGGUCAGUCAGAUUGCCACUAAUGGUUGGAAAAUCAGUUACGGCACAUGCACAGUAAUUCCUGAAAGCUAUUAAAAACACUCUCACACACCACUGAUGACAGCUCCAUUUAAUGAUGAAAGGCAUGACAGUUGCAUUUCAUACCAACAUCAAGAUAAAGUAACAUUGCCACAUUAAAUUGACAGUGACACCUCAGAAAUGCUCCAGUAGUCAUUUCUAACGCAUUGAGAUUUAUAGUUUAGCAAAUGGCUUUAAAUUACUUAUACUGACGAAAUAAACUUUACCAAUUGACUAAAGUAAUGCAUGUUAGUAGUUCCUCUGUACUGCAUGUAGAAGUGGGCCACCAGAAAACCCUUACCAACUACAUUCCGGCUGUGUUCAAGACUUGUUUAAGAGCUGUAAAAACUGCAUUGUGUAAAUCCCAGUUACACAGUUUCCCCUGAGACCAUCUGAACUUUACACUGCUCUUAAAACUUUAAGUUCUAAAACCAGAACAAAACGAACCUGACCUCCGGGAAGGGAGCAAGGCAGAAGGAAUGGAGGUCCCUGUGUAGGUUUAUAAGCAUGCGUCUAGGGUAACACGCUUCUGUAAAACGGUGACUAAUUACUGUCUGGCUUCCCACAGAAGACACUGAGCCACACCCCCCAAGUGAAAAUUUCAUUCCCAUUCACAAAUCAAUGACCUAGUAAACCUCAUGGAUUUGACCUCAUUCCUUCAGGCUUAUAGUACUGUGCAUAGUGGUUUGGGCAUUGUGGGCACUUUUACUAGAGCAUCAGGAUGUAAAUCUUUGGGCACAUUUGCCAAGUGUGCUGAAGAGUUCAAGUAUAUGCCAUGCUCAGUAAAACCACCUGCAAGAAGUGGUGGAAAGUGGCAUAUGACAAUGUGGAAAUGGUAGAAUAAAACUGUUGUUUGAGGAACACCAAAAUAGAUGUGUGUGUUUAACUCCUCCUUGUCUACAGGACAGACUUUCUUCCCCAGCACACACAAGAAUCGAGGACUCCAUAGGCUAAGCACUCCAGAGCUGGCUCAACUUGUGUUGCUUGCUUUACAAGGCCUGGCUGACAGAGGUCAGCUUCCUGUCCCCAGUAACCUCCAUCUGCAGGCCCUUUGUCCCGCUCCCUUCCCGCUGUGCUGCUGUUCCAGUUCACAGUUGUUAUGACUGACCCCAGAGUAUGAUGCCUCUCCUGACCACAUCUGGAUAUGGUCCCUUCCUGACCCCUCCAGGCAUGAGCACCAGUUCCCAUAGACCGACCAUGAGGUCAGAGUAUGUAAGAAUGCUUGUAAAUAUUGUAACAUAUUCAUUAAUAUUUGAAAGACAUUUGUUAUCAGCAGUGGGAAUUAAUUCUCUCAAGAAAAGUAAAAAUUAAAUAAUUGAUUUGUA